GUAGAAGUUGGUCGUAGUCAUCAGUGAGAAAUAAAGUGACGUGGAGAGUUACGAAGAUGGCAAACUCACUUCUAAAACUUUAUAAACUGUGAGAUGACUUACUACAAAACUAUAUGGUGAGCUUAAUAAACUUAUAUAUAUAUAUUUAAAAAGACAAUAAAGAAACCCAACGCUUAACCAGUAAUCGCGGAGACGGCUCAACCAGCUAACCUAUUAGCUGGCUAACAGCAGGAACGGCUCCUGUUUGUAGCGUGUAAAUUCAGAGUUAUGUAAGUGAAACAUCAUUUUAUCUCCUGAGCUGAGUCAUGGAAGAACAAGGAAGGACGUGAGGGACGAGUGUUGGCUUUUACCCUCCAAAAACCCGCUCCGGUUCUGGCCAGCUUGCUUAUUGAAACAGGGAAAUAUACGCUGUCAGGAUGAGCUCUCUGCUCCGAGGUGAGGAAAUGUGCCUGGCCCAGCUGUUUCUGCAGUCCGGGUCAGCUUACGAUUGCAUCAGUGAACUGGGAGAACUGGGACUGGUGGAGUUCAGAGACCUCAAUCCUAAUGUGAACUCAUUCCAGCGAAAACAUGUAAAUGAGAUCAAAAAAUGUGAAGAGAUGGAGAGGAUCCUUGGUUACCUUUUGAGGGAAAUCAAGAAAGCAGACAUUUCACUGCCAGAAAGAGACAUGAACCCUGUGGCUCCUUCGCCCAAGCAUAUAAUGACUAUAAUGGAGCAGCUUCAGAGGCUUGAGGUUGAACUGGGUGAAGUCACCAGAAACAAGGAAAAGCUGCAGAAGAAUCUGCUGGAGCUCACAGAGUACACACACAUGCUUCGGAUCACACGCAACUUUGUGCAGAGAAGUGCUGAGCGAGAACCACUGCAAGUCCAGUAUGAGGAGUUUCCGUUUCUAGAAAAAGAUACACGGAUGGACUACAGCAGCAUGCAGAGGCUAGGAGCCAAACUGGGCUUCAUUUCGGGGCUGAUCCAAAGAGCAAAGAUCGAAGCCUUUGAGCGAAUGCUUUGGAGAGUUUGCAAAGGUUACACCAUCCUGAGCUACGCGGAGGUUGAAGAGUACCUGGAAGAUCCCGACACAGGUGAGCCCACUAAAAAUGUAGUGUUCCUCAUCUCGUACUGGGGGGACCAAAUUGGCCAGAAAGUAAAGAAGAUCUGCGAUUGCUACCACUGUCACUUGUACCCAUAUCCCAGUAACAACGAUGAGAGGAACGAUGUUGUGGAAGGCCUGAGAACUCGCAUUCAAGAUCUACACACAGUACUUCACAGAACAGAAGACUACCUGAGGCAGGUCCUGAUCAAGGCUUCCGAAUCGGUCUACACCUGGGUUGUCCAAGUCAAGAAAAUGAAGGCCAUCUACUACAUUCUGAACCUCUGCAGUUUCGAUGUGACUAAUAAGUGCCUGAUCGCUGAGGUGUGGUGUCCUGUUAACGACAUUCCUAAACUGCGGAGAGCCUUGGAAGACGGCUCGAGGAAAAGUGGAGCCACUGUUCCCUCUUUUGUCAAUCGCAUCCCUACCACUGAUACCCCCCCGACUCUGAUCAGGACCAACAAAUUUACCUCUGGCUUCCAAAACAUAGUGGAUGCCUAUGGAGUGGGCUCCUACAGGGAGGUAAACCCAGCUCCCUUUACAAUCAUAACCUUCCCCUUCUUAUUUGCUGUGAUGUUUGGGGACCUGGGUCAUGGGAUCAUUAUGUCUCUGUUCGCCUUGUGGAUGGUGCGGUACGAGAACAACCGCAAGCUGAAAAACACCAGAAAUGAGAUCUGGAACACGUUCUUUGAGGGGCGUUACAUCAUUCUGAUGAUGGGCCUGUUCUCCAUCUACACCGGCCUGAUUUACAAUGACUGUUUCUCAAAGUCGCUGAACAUCUUUGGCUCUGGGUGGAGCGUUUCUGCGAUGUUUAAAGCCAACGUCUGGACGCUGCAGGUCCUCAGAGGGAAUCGUUCUCUGACUCUGGAUCCAAAUGUUCCUGGAGUUUUUAAAGGACCAUACCCUUUUGGAAUUGACCCAAUCUGGAACUUGGCAUCCAAUCGCCUCACAUUCCUCAACUCAUAUAAGAUGAAGAUGUCCGUGAUACUGGGCGUCACACACAUGAGCUUCGGCGUCAUCCUCAGCACUUACAAUCACCGAUACUUUAGGAAGAGGUACAACCUCUACUUGGUGUUUUUGCCUGAACUCCUGUUCCUGUUGUGUCUGUUUGGCUACCUGGUGUUCAUGAUAAUCUACAAAUGGCUGGUCUUCACCGCAAAGGACUCCGAAAAGGCCCCCAGUAUUCUCAUCCACUUCAUUAACAUGUUCCUCAUGCAGGGGGACCAGGGGAAGCAGGGGAAAGGAAAUCAGCCCCUCUACACAGGACAGACUGGCCUGCAGAUAUUCCUGGUGGUCAUUGCUGUCCUUUCAGUGCCUGUUUUACUGCUGGGGAAACCAGUCUACCUCCGCUGGCUUCAGAACGGAGGCCAAAACCGCCUAGGAUUGUACAGGGGAUAUGAGCGCGUGCGGCGAAGUAGCGAUGAAGAACUCUACCUCCUGAGGUCUGAAGACAUGGAGGAGGGCAGCAGUCACAGCGAUCUCUCCAGUAGUGGAGAGCACCUCUCUGAGGAGUUUAAUUUUGCAGAUGAGUUCCUCCAUCAGGCCAUCCACACCAUAGAGUAUUGUCUGGGUUGCAUCUCAAACACAGCUUCCUACCUGAGACUGUGGGCCCUCAGCCUGGCACAUGCCCAGCUGUCAGAGGUGCUUUGGGCCAUGGUGAUGAGAGUAGGACUUCAAAUGGACUCUGCUCUUGGGGUUGUAAUCCUGGUUCCUGCGUUUGGCCUGUUUGCUGUUCUCACCGUGUCCAUCCUUCUCGUCAUGGAGGGCCUGUCUGCGUUCCUGCAUGCCAUUCGGCUGCACUGGGUUGAAUUUCAGAAUAAAUUCUACAGCGGGACUGGAGUCAAGUUCUGCCCUUUUUCCUUCUCUCUGCUGCCUUCCAGCUUUGAACACGAUGGAUUACUGUGAAAGGACUAACAAUACCGAGACAUUCUGUGGCAAGAAGCCAGCACCUCAACAAGACAUCAUCAAGAGAUGUCAAAAAGUGCUCUUCAUAUUUAUUUUUAAUUUUUUCCUGUUUUUACAAUUUACAUGAAGAAAUUACCACACUGGCCUCUCAGCUGUAUUUUGAAAUGACAACAAAAAAUAACAAACACUGGUGAAAAAAGUGAGGAUUAAUAGAGUUUUAUGCAAGAAAGAGUGUUUUGCGCUGUGAUCAGCAUCAAUGUGUCACUUGCAAAAUUUUUGCAAAAUUAUAAAACGCACAUCUAAUUUUGGUUUGAAACAAAAGCCCUAAAAUGUGAUAAACCAAUUUUUUGCAGUUGUUUUUUGGGAUCUUAUUAAUAAAAACUAAAUAACA